ACCGACAUCGCCGCGAUCGGUUGUUUUGCUUGAUACCCUACCCAAUUCGCUCUGCUUCCGUUUCGCUUGGAAUUCUCCGCUUUUCGUGAUCGAUCCGCCCCCCGAUCUUGCCCAGAAAUCGAAGUGUGAAACAAGCUGUUGCGACGCACCACACACACGUAUGCCCAAAAAACAGCGAUAAUACAAAUUGGCCACGCUCGUUGUUUGGUUUAAUUCAAUUAAGUGCGUCGAACAGCAGAAGAAAGCCACUUGGCUAGACCCAAAAGCCAAUAAAAUCCAGUGAUAAACCAACAAGCGUUUUUAUUGGGCCCUAAAAAAAAAGAAAGUCGCCGCACAAAGGUUACACAACCCAAGCCAGGCGUGCAAUUGACCCACGGAACACGGAUCACGGAUCCCCUGAACCUUUUUUUACAACUAGUGGGGAGUACGCAACACAAAAACAAUCAAAAUGAGUGCGGCGAAAGUGAUCUUGGCCUGCUGCCUGCUGGGCGCCUUCCACAUGCAAAUCAGCUCGUCAUCGGCCAUUCCCAUCUGGGAGUUUUUGACCCGCAACGAGAAGAUGUCCCAUCUGUAUUCCACGUUCGCCCAGCUAGUUAGCGUGCACUGCAAGUCUACCGCCGCCGUUGGAGGUCUCCCGGUGAACCAGUGCAAGCACAAUCUCCUCGGCUACGGAUCCGCCAAGCUGCAGAAGCUGUCCGAUGCCCAACUGGAGGCACUCGAUCCGUAUCAGCGCGAAGCCAACGAGCUGAUCUGGUCUUCAUUGGCUCCGAGCGGAGCUAGCCUGGUGACCACACGGCAGCCGCUGCAGCAGCCCUUGCCCACACCGCCCGCCUCCUCGCUAAUUAUCCUGACACGCCAGCAGCUGCCCCAUGCGAUGGCCAACUCCAAUGCCGGCUCCAAUCCGAUCUUCGAGAGCGGCGAGCAGAAGCACAAGUAUGCCAUGGACAUGGACAUGGCCUAUGGCUAUCCAGCCAUGCAGCAGUCCAGCAGUGAGCUACCCAUGGCCGCCGCUCUGACGGGUGAGCCGCCCAAGAGCUUCCUCACCGGACCCCUGGUGAUCCGAGUGCGUCCCGAUGGCUCUCCCGUGGAGGAGGACAAGCGGUUGCCACUGCCCCGCGAUGAGGACCUGCCCUUAUUCCGCCUGGGCCUGGCCGCCGCCCAGCCCAACAGGCAACGCCACAAGAUCGCCACCAUCAGCGCCCUGAAGCAGCAGCACUUCGCCUCCAUCCUGCAGCGCGACCUCCAGCCACCGCAUCAGGUGCAGAGGCGUCUGUUCCGCCAGCAGCAGGCGUAAGAUCCUGGCCAGAGGAUACCCUAAACCUAGACCUAAGUGACCCUGUGUGAACGAGUAUGAUUGAAUGUGAUUGAGGAGCAGCCUGCUCCUCUGAGUGAUCGAAUGAACCUUCUAGUUGUAGCCGUUUGAGGAGUUUUCUUGAAUGCACUUUGAGCUUUAAUGGAAUUUCGUAUCGUAUUCGUUUAAGUUUUCUUUAAUUUUAUUUAUUCGCGUGCAUUAGCCGUAAGAUCAAAUAGAGAUUCUUGAGUAAUAAACCGCAUGAUGAUUAUCAUUGUUACGAACUUA